UUGACAUUAUCAGUUUACCAGCUAGCUGUGAAGGGUGUUGCUGCAGUGUCCAAAACACGUGAGAUAGAUGUAGAAACUGACGCUGAGAAACUUGUGAACUUUUGCUGCAUUAACUAUCGGAUCAAUGAGCAACCGAUUCCCUUAAAGCCAGAUAGUGAGUAUCCUACAUGGCUAUGGUCGCUUAGAGUUUCCAGAAGGCCGCCUAGACUCGCUGACAUCGAUCCAGAUUCUUACUACUAUUGGCGCCGUAUUCGGAGGCUUCACAAUCGGCAUUUGAAUAAUUUAGCUGCUGCUGAUGGAUGGCAUCGCAGAGAGCAUCGAGACCCGCGGUCUCACUCUGAAAGAGCCUAUGGCGAUCUGUCCCGCGCCCUAGGAAAGUGGUUACGGGAGCACGAGGGUCGAUCGUGA